CGGUUCACCCCCCAAAACCAAAGAGAGAGAGAGAGAGAGAGAGGAACAGAAAAGCCUCCACCAUAGCCCUCGCCAUUGUCAAUAUCUCCGAGCCGGUUACUCACAUCGUUAUCUUCUCUCUGUCUCCGCCCAAAACCCUCUGCAGAAUCGGAAAUACGCCUCUAGGGUUUCCAAGACCCACCUUGCGAGCAGCCAUGGCGUCCAAUUCUGCAAACCUAUGGGUCCUCUUGGGAUUGGGUUUGGCUGGAAUCCUGCUGAUGACCAAAAAGCUUAAGAAAGCUAUUAGAGAGGACUUUGGAGCGUUUAUCGAGAAGCUUCAGCUGCUUCCUCCUCCUCAACCUGCUCCUCCCAAAGCUCCUCAUCCCCUGACCGGUCUUACCUUCGCCAUUUCCGACGUAUUUGAAAUUGAAGGACAUGUGACUGGGUUUGGUCAUCCAGACUGGGCAAGAACACAUAAUGCAGCUUCUCGUACAUCUCCAGUAGUUUCUGCUCUUGUUGAAGGAGGAGCAACUUGCUUGGGAAAAACUGUUACCAGUGAAUUGUCAAUGAGUAUCUCUGGAGAAAACAAACAUUAUGGCUCACCCACAAAUCCUGCAUCACCUUCUAGAGUUCCUGGUGGGUCGUCCAGUGGAGCUGCUGUUGCAGUAGCUGCUAAUCUUGUUGACUUCUCUUUGGGUAUUGAUACUGUUGGUGACGUGAGAAUACCUGCUAGCUUUUGUGGCAUUUUAGGGUUUCGUCCAUCAUACGGAUCUGUUUCCCAAGUUGGAAUCAUACCUGUAGCAACAAGCCUUGACACUGUUGGAUUACUUGCUAAGGAUCCUAAUAUUCUCCGUCGUGUCGGCCAUGUGCUUUUGCAACUUCCAUACGCGGUUCAACGCAAUCCUAGACAAAUUAUUAUAGCCAAUGAUUGCUUUCAAAUACUGAAGAUACCUGUUGACAGGGUUACUCAGGCGGUGGCCAGAUCAACUGAGAACCUCUUUGGCAGACAAGUAUUGAAGCACGAAAAUCUUGGAAGCUAUUUGAGUUCUAAAGUUCCAAAGUUGAGAGAGUUAAUUGGGAAAAAGGCAAAUGGCGAUCUGAGUUCUUCUUCAAUUAGAAAUCUGGCCAAUAUGAUGCAGAUUCUUGACAGGAUUGAGUUUAAAAGCAAUCAUGGGGAAUGGAUUGACUCAGUGAAACCAAUUUUGGAUCCUGAGUUAGUGGAACAAUUAAAUGAGAAGUUGGAGACAUCAGAUACAAUAAUUGAAAACUUCAAGUCUGUUAGAAAUGAUGCCCGUGUAGCUAUUAAUUCUCUUUUGAAGGAUGAUGGAGUUCUGGUCAUCCCCACUACUGCUGAUCCUCCUCCUAAACUUGGUGCAAAGGAGAUUUUUUCGGAAGAGUACCAGAGCCGUGUAUUUAGUUCAUUGAGCAUUGCUAGUAUAUCGGGUUGCUGUCAGGUCACUUUGCCACUGGGAUUUCAUGAUAAAUGUCCUGUGUCCGUGUCAUUCUUAGCCAGGCAUGGGGCAGAUCGCUUUUUAUUAGAUACUGUGCAGACAAUGUACAAGUCUUUACAAGAAGAGGCUGAGGCUGCUUCCAAAUUCAAAUUCUCAAAGAAUGCUGUUAAUCAGGAACAGUUGGCUGAAAUUGCUAAAGAAAAGGGCAAUCAAGCAUACAAAGAUAAACAGUGGGAGAAGGCUAUUGGUUGUUAUACCGAAGCUAUCAAACUUAACAGCAGAAAUGCAACAUAUUACAGUAAUAGGGCUGCAGCAUAUUUAGAGCUUGGACGGUUCCACCAAGCAGAGGCAGAUUGCACUAAGGCCAUUGACCUGGAUAAAAAGAAUGUUAAGUCCUAUUUACGAAGAGGUACAGCGAGAGAGAUGCUUGGUUAUUAUAAGGAAGCAAUUGAAGAUUUUAAUCAUGCCCUUGUUCUCGAGCCAACUAACAAAAGAGCAUCAGUAUCUGCAGAGAGAUUAAGAAAGUUAUUCACAGGUUGAUUCAGUGAUAAUCAAUCUUCCCAGACCGGAGAAUCGCUCAUUGGCGAGACUCAUUGUUCUCUGCCAUGAAGACCUAAACCUAGUGGUGGGCACUCCCAUGCGCACAGACGUUCUUGCUGUUGGGAAUAUUUGAUUGCAUUUUGAGCCAAUAAUGUUGUCCGCUUGAUUUUGUAUUCGAUUUAAUUAGGACCAUAGAAACAUUGGUUAUUUAUUUUGCGAAAGCUCUGUAAUCCAAUUUUGUCUCGACCAACAUUACCCAAUGAGGAUUGUAGUCCUAGUUUUAGCUGAGCUGAGAAAUGCUUACAAUACUAUUAUGGUGAUUGGUGAGUAUAAAUUCAAUGUUUUUGGAGUAGUAUCUUCGAACAAAA